CAAUCACACAGCUCUUUGAGUGUCAUGUAAACCACCCCUUCGCUCUCCCUUUUUGUCCCAUUCACUGCCUGCCACCCUCCCUUCUCUCUGCCUUACUCUGUGGCCUCUGCUUUGGACCUGGGGGGUUCGCCUGCCUCUCUAUAAAAGCCCUGUUUGUGCCCUGAGUGAGCGUCAUUCCCCAUCAUGGAGAGUCAGAGAUUCCAGUCCUCGUACAGGAAGCGUUUUGGGCCACAGGGCUCUGGCAGCACAGGAGUCAGAAUUGGGAGCCUUUCUUCCAGCCGCCUCUCCUGGCAUGGCACCACUCGCAACCUCACCCACUCCAGUCCGAUGUCCCGGGUCUCCUUGGGCUCAGCCAACACGGCCCUGCUCCUGGGGAGCCCCGUGGACCGGCUGGACUUCUCAGCUGACUCCCUGAUGAAGGCCCAAUACAAGGACACGCGCACCAACGAGAAGAUGGAGAUGAUGGGCCUGAAUGACCGUUUUGCCAGCUACAUAGAGAAGGUGCGCCUGUUGGAGCAACAGAACAAGGUUCUGGUGGCAGAGCUGAACCAGCUGAAGGGGAAGGAGCCCAGCCGCCUGGGAGACAUCUACCAGGAGGAGUUGAGAGAGCUGCGCAGGCAGGUGGAUGGUCUCACUGCUGGCAAAGCUCGGCAGGAGAUAGAGAGGGACAACCUGGCUGCAGAUCUGGCCACCCUCAAGCAGAGGUUACAAGAUGAGAUUGGCCUCCGACAGGAUGCAGAGAACAAUCUGAAUGCCUUCAGACAGGAUGUGGAUGAGGCGUCUCUAAAUCGUGUCCAGUUGGAGAGGAAGAUCGAUGCCCUGCAGGAUGAGAUAAACUUCCUGAAGAAGACUCACGAGGAGGAGCUGCGUGAGUUACAGGAGCAUAUCAUGGCCCAGCAGGUGCAUGUUGACCUGGAUGUAUCCAAACCAGACCUUACUGCUGCUCUGAGAGACAUCAGGGUCCAGUAUGAAACCAUGGCCACUUCAAACAUGCAGGACACGGAGGAGUGGUACCGAUCCAAGUUUGCUGACCUGACAGAUUCAGCCAAUCGAAAUGCAGAAGCCCUGCGUCAAGCCAAACAGGAGGCCAAUGAAUACCGGCGCCAGAUCCAAGGGGUGACCUGCGAUCUCGAGGCUCUCCGCGGGACAAACGAGUCUCUGGAACGCCAGCUCCGGGAGUUGGAGGACCGCUUCACCAUGGAGACUACUGGUUACCAGGAUACAGUGAGCCAUCUGGAGGAGGAGAUCCAGGCGCUGAAGGAGGAGAUGGCCAGACACCUGCAGGAGUACCAGGACCUUCUCAACGUCAAGCUGGCCCUGGAUAUCGAGAUUGCCACCUACAGGAAGCUGCUGGAGGGAGAGGAGAGCAGGAUCACCAUUCCAAUUCAGAGCUUUUCCAACCUGCAGUUUAGAGAAACUAAUCUGGACACUAAAACCCCAGAGGCCCACGUGAAGAGAAGCAUCCUGGUUCGAACUGUGGAGACCAGAGAUGGGGAGAUCAUUAAGGAAUCAACAACUGAACACAAAGAUCUUCCUUAAAGUUUUAUGACCGGCUAUCCCAUCAUCGUCACGAUCUGAGGAUUUUGAAUGAUUAUUACAAUUUUUUAUUUUUCUUUCCAAACCCCAAAGCAGCCCCAUCAGCCAUCACAUCAUUUCAUUUUUCUUUCCUUUCAUCCUUACCCGCAGGCUAACAUGUUUGUCCUUCAACCAUGACACAACCAUUAAAUACUUCUAGACUCCCUCAUUGGAAUUUCUGCCAAAAACAUCUAUGUUCAGCUUUCACACAGAUCCACAAAUCCACCCUUAAAUUGUCUGUAGCCUGUAAAUUACUGGUAACCUCUUUUAUUUUAACUGGGACUGACAGACCAGAUUUUUAGCGUUGUUUCAGAUUAGCUGCCGUAGAAGAGGCCUUGAAACGUAGCAGUUGUGUUCAGCUAAUAUGUAGCGUGGUGGAGGUUGACGUGUGGUUAUGUGUAUGUGAAAUGUGGCAAGGGAAGUAUAAGAGGGAGUUUGCAGGCGUCAGAAUUGGAUUUAGGCAGGGAAUGAGAGAUGUGUGUAUAUUAGAGCAGCUUUUGGCAGAACAACAGGAGAAUUAGGGCUGUUUUUAACCCUUGUCUGGUGCUAUUUUGCAUUUCAUUCCGUUGUUGUAGCAGCCACCUCUGUUUGUGUGUUGCUUCUUGUAUUUAAGGACCUGCGCAGGUGUUUUCAAUUAGUGCAUUCCUGUCUCAUGUUCUCAGAUUGCAGUUGGGUGGAGCUAUGCUUGGAGUUUUACUGACACCACGGAGGCACACUAGAUAUAGCCUAAAGGCAGGAGUCAAGCGAGAUUUGUUCAUGAAAAUAUCAGACAUACAGAGACAGCUGAGAGGAAAUCAGAAUGAAAUCACUGCAGAAUCCACUGCUGAAUGUUUGUAUGCUUUCCACUCAGAGGGCAGUGACCAUGGCAACCUUUACAGUGAUGUCACAUACAUGCCGUUUAUAAAAAUUGUAAGUUUUCCCAAGAGGUGCAACAAUACUAACAACAGAGUCAGAAGGGUCUGUACAAACCUACACAGCCUGAGGGGAGAGCUAAUCAGCCAAAAUAUGACACACAAACAAGAAACAAGUGCGUGUGUAGGCCGUUUAACCUUUCCUCCAUCACUUCACGUCUGUUCUUCUGCGUCCUCUAACAUCACACACCCAGCUUGUGGUGUCCUCUUUCUCGAGAACACAACCUGAUAACACAUCAUCAUUUUUUGACACCAGGGCAUGUAAGGGCAUGUCCACUUAUCCAGCAGAGGUGAUAGGGACAGAGCCUCGUUGGAGGUGUGGAGGAGGUGUUUGGAAGCUGAUGCGACCUUUGCUCUCCAGCCUCCAGUUAAUCCACCAACCUCCCUCCUCCAUAUUUACCGGCCAAUUUCAGUUGUAUUUGACUGAUAGCAGAGAGAGACGCAGAGCCAGCAGAGAGUGGAGAUAACUUCCAACACAUCCCACAACCCAACUCUGCACUAGAAACUCUUGUUUUUUAUUUUGAAAGGGAGGAUGCUGGGGUAAAAAGUAAAGGAAGCUGGAAAGAAGAAUGGAUGGAUGGACGUCAUAUCUCAAACACUGUAAUCCAAGCCUCGUGUUUUGUUAGAAGCCCCGCUGACUGAAGCCAUGCUGACAGGCCCUGCCACUAAUGAGAGUGGUUCUACACUGAAGCUGGCUGUCACUGUGCUCAUCACCAAGGACAUGCUGUGAAUUUGUAUUCCCAUGUGCCUCCCACUUUCUCCCCUCCACAACUUCCACCCCGUCACUCAACCCCUUCUCCUUUUUCUCCCAAUAACAUGCAGCCCUCUCUUGUAUUCAUUCUGUUGUGUUUAGUUUUUUUUUUUUUUGAAUGUUGAAGAUAGAAUUUCUUACUCCUGAGUCUUGUAGCAAAGACACAGCUGAAUCCUGCAUUUUUUGGAAGAAACCUCUGUAGAUUUGAAUAUAACAUUAGUUUUGACCAAUGCUAUGUGCUAUGACAUCGUGUUAACUUAACAAGAAUAAAACAUUUUAUUUGUUAGA